AGGAAGAUCUAUUAAGAUACUAAGUUGAUUUUUUAGUAGUAGUAGUAGUAGUAGUAGUAGUAGUAUUUUGUUCAUUUUUUAACGGUUGUCGCUCAAGGCACUUGAUUGUCGAUGAAACUCAUACGUUAUCGACGAAAGCGGUGUUGGUAUCGAUCAACUUGAAUCGAAUUAUUUUGUUUACAUUCGCCAGCGGUUUGUUGUUGGUUUUGGAGCAACGAAAAGAGUGUGAAAUGCGUUUUUAGAACCUCGUCCGAUUAAUUGAAUGGUUUAGUAUGUUUCUGGUAGUGGAAAUAGUCAAUGAUAAGGGCGAAAAGGAGUGGAAGGUAGCACCCAAACAAUGGGUGUGCACAACGAAGAACUCCCGGCGAACGGUUCUGUUGUGGCCACAUGAAAUGGGAUCUGAACGGCAAAAGCAGCUAGCAAGAGAUGGAUCAACAAAACCAGCGAAAAACUGGAGUCGGAAGGAAUGUGUCAUACUACAAGAAAGUUUUACUGACGAUGAGGCUGAUGCUGCAUUGAAAGAACUAUUGGCACAACGUUCAACAUCGAGUGCUACAAUGUCGCUGCUCGGCGGGUCACCGGCAACGGAAGGAGACCGAAAGGAAGAACACUCGGAGGAUCAUCUGUUAACAUACGAUCCUGAAAAUGAAGAACAAGUUUCAACCAUUCCAGUUGAGUUAUCAUCAUAUAAAUCAUGGAUCGCGCUGCAGGAUCCAGAUGUUGGCAUGCUUGCAGCUAUUAAAACAGAACUGAACACUCUGCUUAUGAAAAACGAUCGCAUCGAAUCACAAAAUGCUAGAAUAGAGAAACAAAAUGCUGAAAUAGAACUACAGAACAUCCGUAUCGAGACGGAUAACUCCAAUAUGUUGAGAAAACUAAACCUAUUAGAAAAAAGGCUUAACAAACUUGAUUCAAAACAAUUGAAAAAUGCGAAGAAUGUUGGGGAACGAUCUACGUUUACACUUCAUCCUAUCGAAACCCAGGAUCAGCUGAAGGAAUUAGAGAAGAAGUUAAGCGAUAGGGCUUUCCGUGCUAAAAUGGUUGCAUGGCUGAUGUUAAAUGUUGAUGGAAACCGCGCACAGAAAAGAAUGUCGAACUGCUUAAAACUGCUAUUUUCCCGCGAGCUGCUUGCUGACUGUACUUGGGGUCGUAUACAUCUGAAUGGAAUACAAACAGCAGCUAUGCGAGAACAACGGAACAUAGUGAAUCUGUUCAAGGCAAUAGGAACAACGCGGAAGGAAAGAAUCGAUGACAAGAAGAUUGCUUUGUUCUUCAGCCGAAAGUUGAAAAACGUUAGACAGCGAUUGCAUUCUGAUGAUAUAAAUGAGGCACACAAUCAGCAAAUCCUGGACCAACAUAUGGACCCUUAUCAUGACGAUUCAUCUAAUGAUGAACCACUUGCCUAUGCGGAAUCGAUGGAGGACGAAUCGGACACAUUAUUUGAAGUAGAAAUUUUAAAGUAACACAGAUAUGGUAGUUUCAUGAUAAGUGUAUUAAACAUUAUGUGUGUGAGCCAGGGGGGCUAAGGAAAUGCGUUACAUAAAUUGUACGGCACAAUCUU